UUGGGUCUCCUGCGGUGCGAGCGGGAGAGCGAGCGGGAGACCACUCGCCAUCAAGCUCAAGAGCGACCUCCGCCUCACCGCAACGAUGGGCUAAUCUACACCCUUCUCAGAUCCGCUGCCGAUGCCUUCCGCUGUGUUCUCCUCCGCCUUCUCCCCUCCUGUUCCCUGCGACCUCGUCUGCGCCCUCCGCCGCUGCUCCUUCCACCCGACUACGCUUUCCAGUUCCUUCUCCUCCCGUCGCCGUCGAUUCGCCUCUCGAGCUGUAGGUGGAUCUAAAGAAAGUCAGAUAUCUUUGGUUGCAAAUGAAAGAUCUGAAUCAGACAGGUUAGUUGAUGGCAUGGACUUUGGUGAACUAUGCAAUGAAUUUGAGUGCAUCAGUAGCCCUCAGGUGGAAUCAACAGCAAGACAGCUUGUCAGGGAUAUACUAGAGCUGCGAGAAGGAAAUCGUGCAUUGAGUUCUUAUUCAGUUUCCGUCAAAUAUAAGGAUCCAAUUAGGAGCUUUGUUGGGCGUGAAAAAUACAACAGACCUCUCUGGGCAAUUGAUGCACUGGAAAAUCCAUCAGUAGCAGUGCAGGAAAUGGUAAUGCUAUCAACAAGUGUUCUGAGCAUAAAAUGGGCUCUCAAAGGGAAGCCUAAGAACCCUGCCAUUGCAGGCUUAGGGGGAUUCCUGAAAAUUCAAGUUCAUUCUCUCUUCACCUUAAACCAAAUAAGCGGUCAAGUUAUCGAACAUGAAGAAUCAUGGGAUCUGUCUCAAUCAUCACCUCUUGCUCAGGCAUAUUUUUGGGUUUCUCGGAGACUUUUCUCAACAAUUGAAUCUGUUAAAGACACAGUUGAUGCUGUUAAGAGUACAACCACACGUCUAUCAACUCAAAAGGAUAACUUGGAGAGCUACCCAGACCCCUCAUUUGAUCCAACAAAGUUCUUUCAGAGGGAAGGUGACUUGCAGAGAGAUGUUUAUCAGAUUGCUCUUUUCUUAGCCGUGGCAUACUUCGUUGUACAGUUCCUGAGAACAACUCUUUGAAAUCGAUACUCCACCAAAAUUUUGUAAAUUCAAAAUGUACAAAUGGGUAUGUAUUCCUAAAUAUGAAACCUUCUUCUGUGCUACAUAUGAAUAAUAGUAGCUUGCUUGAA